CCCAUUCCAAAGUUCGUUUCGUUCACGUUUGUUUACAUCACGGUUCCCUCGGAUCCAAUCCAAUCCCAAAAACGAUGUCCCUAAUGCAGGCGAAUCGGAGGGCGCCUCAGCUACUGUCCCACCUGAACCGCCUGGGCUCUUCCUCCUCCGCUCACACCGCCGGCACGUCGUCUUCGGAGCCCCCAGAUCCCCGCCAGCCGAAUGCCCUGGAGCUCCUCGGGCCGGAAUCGCAGCGUAGGUGCAUGGAGAAGAUGCGCGCUCUGCCUGCAUUCCCGCGGCCCAAGUCCCUGACGCCCAGUCGCCGCGAGAAGCAGUCCUCCGCGGUCCUAAUCGCACUCUGCCAGGAUCGGGGCACAGACGAGAUAUCCCUGCUCUACACGCGACGAUCACGGCACCUGCGCAGUCACAGCUUCCAGAUAUCCUUUCCGGGCGGCAGGCGGGACGACCAGGACGCCAGCUACGUGGACUGCGCUCUGCGCGAGACGGAGGAGGAGAUCGGGCUGCCGCGCCACCGCAUCCAGGUGUGGGGCGAGGCCAAGCAGCUUCAUCUGCCGCGCACCUCGUCCAUUGUGCCGGUGGUGGGCAUGGUGCCGGACUUCAGCAUCUCCGAGCUGCGCCUUAACUGCGAGGAGGUGGAGGAGGCGUUCAGCGUGCCGCUCCAAGCGCUGAUGGUGCCCAAGGCUACCAGGCACACCCAAUUCCGCAGCGGCUACAGCGGACCGGUGUUCGUGGUGGACCACCACCGCAUCUGGGGCAUCACCGGCUACCUGACCCACCUCUUCCUGCACAGCCUGCUGGCACCCACUCAGCUGCCCGAUUGCCUCAGGACGAACAUCAAGUUUAUCCGGCCCUUCAAGAUGCCACCCAAGUUGCCGCACCACCGCGAACAUCACGCCACGGAUCCCUCGAUGCGUUCCUGAGGAUCAUGUAUGUAUUGGACCAUUAUCCCGCUCAGGCUAGGGCCAAAUGUGAUAUGGUGAUUGGGCCAGAUGAACUAAGAAAGUUAUUGCUUUGGUCCAACCAAACAAUAGGCUAAAAUUAAUUGUGUUCAUCGGCUUAGUAUAUAUUUUUAUUGUGAAUGACAAAGCCAAACUAUACAAUAAAACUGUUGACUAUUAUGUUGAA